CUGGGCUUCUGUUCUCAGUGCUAACGCAGGCCCCGGUCAAGAUUAAGGUCGAGAGACUCGGAAGCUCUCCCACCUGCCUGGAACGCAGAUGCUGCCAGCGCGGGAAGGAGAGGCACCAGCUUCCAGGGAAGGUGAAAGGGCCCGGCCGCCGCCAUGUCGGGCCCGUUCGAGCUCUCGGUGCAAGAUCUCAACGACCUGCUCUCGGACGGCAGCGGCUGCUACAGCCUCCCGAGCCAGCCGUGCAACGAGGUCACCCCGAGGAUCUACGUCGGCAACGCGUCUGUGGCUCAGGACAUCCCCAAGCUGCAGAAGCUGGGCAUCACCCACGUCCUGAACGCCGCCGAGGGCCGGUCCUUCAUGCAUGUCAACACCAACGCCAACUUCUACCAGGACUCCGGCAUCACCUACCUGGGCAUCAAGGCCAACGACACCCAGGAGUUCAACCUCAGCGCCUACUUUGAAAGGGCUGCAGACUUCAUAGACCAGGCGUUGGCUCAAAAGAACGGCCGGGUGCUCGUCCACUGCCGCGAGGGUUACAGCCGCUCCCCGACCCUGGUCAUCGCGUACCUCAUGAUGCGACACAAGAUGGACGUCAGGUCUGCCCUGAGCGUCGUGCGGCAGAACCGUGAGAUCGGCCCCAACGACGGCUUCCUGGCCCAGCUCUGCCAGCUCAACGACAGACUGGCCAAGGAGGGGAAGCUGAAACUCUAGGGCGCCCCCUUCUGCCUCUGCUCCGGAGGUGCACCCGGGGAGGCCCCGGCGGAGGACGGCCGCGCCGCCACGUUUAGGACCCACAGUGUUCCCCGCUCCCCGCGUCACAAGGCACUUGCCCACGCGUCCGUCCCAGCACAGCCCGGGGCCGCUGCCCCCAGGAGCACGUCAAGAAGCCUGCCGAAGAGGGCGGUCUCGCUCCCUGGUCGUCCUGUCCCGUAAUUCACGGUGUCCUCUCCCUGAGCCGGGACCCAGGAAGGCCUGUGCGCGCCGCCCCGUGGCGCAGGGCAGGAGGCGGGGACCUCAGCCCCUUGUGCCCUAGUCCGCGGGCGGUGCCAGCGCAGGCCCCGGCGUCCCGGCCACGUCUGUCCCCCCGCGGUCCUCUCAGCCUUCCACUUCCGCUCGGAGCGGAGCGGCCAUACCUGCUGCUGGGUGGAAGCGGCCGCCAAGACUGUGUUUGGAUGUCUUCCUUAGGGUUACAGGUGCCCCAGAGGCCCCUGGGUGGGCCAGCCGUUUCUCCCGGAGGACGCGCCCCCGGCCCCGGGGCUCGCCAGCGGUGCCUCUCUGGGAAGCCCCAGUUGGCCGUGCGCUGCUGCCAGCUGUCCGCCUCGGCGGGCUCGCGCCUGCUGGAAGAGCAGGGGCCUUGGGCGUGGUGUUUUGAAAGCGGGGUGUUGAAGUCCAGUCUAUUUCAAAACCGCACCAUUUGGAGAAUUACAAGUGUUUUGUCCUGAAUGACGGCGUUGGGCGGCUCGGGAGCUCACGCCGGCUGCUCGGCGUCUCCGUUGCUAUUCCAGGCCCUGGAGGAGGCAGUUGGCCAGUGACGGUGGGGAGGGAGGGUUGUGAGCCGGGGGUGCCUUCUGAAACGCAGCCCUGGGAUGAGCAGGCUUCCGGUGGCCCUGAUGGUGCCAGGCCAGUGCGGGAGCCCCGGUGGGACUCAGCCGGGCAGGACGGAGGCAUCCUCUUCGUGCCUGUGCUGGAUGCAAAGUGAGAGAAAGACCAUGUUUACUGACAGUGAGGGUGAUGUCGGGGUGCACAGGUGCUCCGGUGUGUGUGCUCUGCUGUGGACACAUCUUGUGGGGUGUGGCCGUCACUGGGACGUGCUGCUGUUCGUCUCUGGGUCACUCUGGGUAGUGCUGGGGGUGGGGGGAGGUUCUCAGCCACAGUCCCAGCAAGCGAGCACAGAAGUGUUUGAUCAAAGGUUAGGGACUGAACCUCCUUAUUUAUGCACCAAAUAUGUAGUGUGGUCUGUGUGGGUGAGCCAGGCUGCCAGAGGCCUGGCCCCGUGUGAGGACACGGGCAGGAUCUGUGCAGGUGUCUCCUGCAGGGGAGGCGCCAUCAGGGACUUUUGUCGCGCGUGUCAAUUUAAAUUCAGGUAGUGUUAAUAUGUGGAUGUAAGGAAUGUGCCUUUCUGGGAGUUGCACAGCUGGGUGGUCACUGACCCCUCUCCCCUGAGCUGCCCAGGUAGCCCCACCUCCGUGAAAUGACUGUCCAUGGACCUGUGCCGUGCUUUCCAGCUUUGGGGGGCUUCGCUGCCCCACCCACGUGGCCUGCAGUGGUGGAGCGGACUCACGUGUUGUUAAUAGGAAGGAAAGCACUUGGAGGUCAGGAUGGCCAAGGGCAGGGCUCCCAGGGUCGCUGGGCUCUUUGUUAAGGCAGAGGCAAGACGCCAGGGCUGCCCUUCCAGACGCUGGUUCUUUCUCAGCACAGCCCUUCAGCAGGAGCCCCUGGAGCCGGAGCUGUGGCGCGGAGGUGUCACUGCUGCUUGGGGCGCUCACACCCGCGUCGGAGUGCUGGUGCGGGUCCUGGCCCUUCUGCCUCUGACCCAGCUUCCUGCCGAUGUGUCUUGGACGGCAGCAGAUGACAACUAAAGCACUCGAGGCCCUGCUACCCAUGCAGGAGACCUGGAUGGAAGUUCAAGGCUCCUGGCUUUGUCCUGGCCCAGCCCUGGCUGUUUCAUGCAUUUGGGGAGUGAACCAGCAGAUAGAUGAUCUAUCUCUUGCUCUGUCAUUCUGCCUUUCAGGUAGAUGCAAAUAAAUAAAACACUUUUUUUUGAAAUCUUUUUUUUUUUUUUUUUAGUUAGAGACAGAGAGAAAGGUCUUCCUUCCAUUGGUUCACCCCCCAAAUGGCCACCAUGGCUGGAGCUGCGCCGAUCCGAAGCCAGGAGCCAGGUGCUUCCUCCUGGUCUCCCAUGCAGGUGCAGGGCCCAAGCCCCUGGGCCAUCCUCCACUGCCUUCCCAGGCCACAGCAGAGAGCUGGACUGGAAGAGGAGCAACUAGGACUAGAACCCGGCACCCAUAUGGGAUGCCGGCGCCACAGGUGGAGGAUUAACCAAGUGAGCCACGGCGCCGGCCCAAUAAAACAUUUUAAAAGAAAAACGAGCUGCCCCCUGCCCCAUGCCCAGGAGAGUCCAGGUGCACUGCACGUGCCCUCCUGGCCCCGCUGACAGGGCUAGAACAUGCGGCUGCUCUUACAGGUGUCAGGCAGCAUCCCUACAUCACAGCCUGCCGCUCUGCUCCUGGAAGAGGUGCAGGUGCUGUGCCUCCCAUCUCACGCCCCGGCAUUGGUCGCCUCACAGGACAGCCGUGGCUACCUAGUGAACGGAGCAGCAUGGUGUGGCCAGUUAACCAAGGGAGGGCCCCUGAAGGCCUCUCUGUGGGCGCAUGAGGAUGCUAACUUGGGAUUUCUUAGUGGUCUGUGUCCCAGGAACCUUACCCUUUCUUUUUGAGAUUUAUUUUUAACUCCCCGUAAAAUGAACGUCUGUAGUCUAAGAGCCAAUGCCUGCCCAGCUGAGUGGGAGCUGUUCCUGGGCAGCUCUCUACCCACUGGGGAUGCAAUGGGAUAGGAACUCAGGGUGCCCUUACCCCCUCCCUACCCCUGACCCCCGUCUGCGACCCAACAGAGCCCCACCCAGGCGAAUUAGAACACCAAGUGGUUGUCUUCUCUAUCUUAAAGCAGCUCCCCUGCCACUGAGUUAGCUUGAGAGCAGAAGCCCACUGCCUGUCAAAUGAGGGAGCUCGCCCAGAAGACCUCAAGGGCCCCUUUUGGCUCUGACACUGUACGGGUCUGUUAGAAUCCCACUUGGAUUUAGCAUCGUCUGCAAAGUAUAGGAUGUGCUAGGAAUAAUAAUAUUAUGGCCAGCAGGUGGCGCUGCGCUCCGCCCGUGGCAAUGGAAGGAUGGGAAGUGGAAUGUUGGUGCCUUUUGUGUUCCCAGUUCGUGCUAAGAUGCUAACAAUGUCCAGAUGCUAAUGUUUUAAUCAAAAUAAGCACUUGUCUUAAAUACGAGGAUAUGGGCUUUUCUUGCAGGGAAUCUUCUUUGCCAUAAAACUGGUGUCAGGAAUCACUGAAGAGCACAGAGCUGGUCCUCUCCCGAGGGGAGACUGAGGCCGUCCCGGGUGCGUCAAGCAGAUGGGCUGCAAGUUCCACUUUAGGACCUGUUGCCUCCUGCUCGCUUUGGGGGUAAUAUGAUCGUGAGAGCGUGAUUUUCUGGACAGAAAAAGGGAAGAUAUGAAAAUGAUUUUUUUAAAGACAAGUUUAAUGUCUGCUGUAUCGCGAAUCAGUGUUAAAACACUAAGGUUGUAACCAAAAUAAAUGUCUUACAUGAUCAAGAA